CCUGGAUAACUGGAUACACAAACACGGACGAACUAUAACAUAUGGACUGAAGGAAAGACGACUACUUGUGAUUUGUACCUCUGCGACAUCUGGACCACAAACCACUUCACGGUGCACGUCCCUCCCACAUCUCAUCAAGAAAUGUGGCUUCUAGAAAAGAUCCGCGGUUCGGUGGAUGGAAACGUUCUACGGCUGGGUGAGUCCGCUGUCAAACAGAGCAAAGCCCCCACCUACGGCAAUGUCCUCACUCCCGACAAGAUCCCAGACUUCUUCAUUCCACCAAAACUGGUGUGCUGCCCCCCAGAGGCAGAGACGCCAGAGAUGAAGCCAAAAAAUGGGCUGCAUGGGUCUGCAUCUGAACAAACCAUCUGCUGCAAGACACCGCAGGGCAGCCCGCGCAGCCCGCGGCUCAUUAACAAGCUGGCUGGAGACACAAAGAACUUGCUCAAAGUGGCAAACCGUCACAUCAUCCAGAUUGAGAGUGCAGACGACUUGGUGGUUGGCGAAGUGGGCGACCUCAACACAAACGCCGACCCGCAAGCGCAGACAGCCAUGUCGUUGCCCUAUGUACCAAAAGCGCAAACCUCCUACGGUUUCGCCACGCUCAUGGAGAGCCCUCACACACGGCGUAAAGAGUCCCUCUUCCACAGCGACCCUACAAGCCCACUCACCUCACCCAACACCCAGCGUAAGUCUCAGGGUAAUCAAUUGAAUCCAAGCGACUGUAAUGUCUCCCACUCCAACCCCUACCGUUACUUUAGCGGAGGUGAGAGUGACACAUGUUCUUCAGCUGAGUCGUCCCCAUUCAACUCCCCACUACUGUCCCGCUCCGCAUCCCUCCUUAAGAUGUUCUCUCACGAGACCCAAGCCAAAGUGUCCCGUGCCAAACGAUCCUUUGCCCGGCACAGUUCCCUCUCAACGGAUGAGUGCAGCUCUGUGGAAACCAGCCCGAACAUUCAGCGGCGCUUCCGUUGUCCUCCUUCCCCGGCACUUCGAGGACGGAAAAUUGGAGGCAACAUGGAUCGCUUCACACAACACACCGUCAACCUCCACAAGGGCGGAACUCUGUGCCUCUGCACAAACUACGAUAUUGACGCCUCCCGGCUUCACGUACGCGUGCUAGCUGCCGAGGAUCUCUACGAUAAGCAGUUUGACAUAAAGAGCAUCAACUGUUGUGUUGCCCUGUACCUGAACCCAGGAAAGCUGCAGAAACAGCGGAGCACAAUUAUCAAGAACAGCCGCAACCCUGUCUUCAACGAGGACUUCUAUUUUGACUCGCUUCCCAUUGGACAGGUCAAAAACCUGGCCAUCAAGAUGAAGGUGGUCAACAAAGGCACCAGUCUGAAGAGAGACACCCUGCUAGGAGAAAGGGAAGUACCCUUAAAGGAGUUGCUUUCUGGUAUCUAGAGGUCCAGUUUCAUCUACCGAUGCAGUCUUCAUCUAAUAGACCAGACGGGGAAUAUCCCAGCUUUGAUUUCAAGUACUCAAAGUAUAUGGGGCAUUCUAUGUUUCAUUUCUUUUAUUCCAGAACUCUCCAACUAACUGUGCACACCUUUUUUAUUUGUUUACCAGGCUUCAGUAUACUUAGUUUUUCUGCAUCUCACACACAAUCUAGCAUUAUCGCCUUUCAAAAAAAGGCUUUGUCUGCAUUUGCAUGCUUCCCAUAUUAUAGGACACCAAAAGCAUUGUUUCAAUUGAAUAAAAGUGUCUGAAUUCCUCCGCAUUCAUAAAACAGUAGGCGAGAAUUACCUGGAUGACCCACUACAUCUGGCGAGAUUCUAAGAUGUCACCGGUGAGACAUCACAGGAAAACAAAUGGUGAAAACCGCAAAUUGGAUUGGCUCUUUUCAACUGCAAGUGCUGUGUUUACCAAGAAACUAUUUCCUUGUGGUUAAAUUGUACUUGUUAACAAAACCAGAGUAUAUUAUUUUCACUGUAGUUGUAAAUACGUCAUAUAUGUAGGUCACAGGAUAAUGCCCUAGUUACAGAAUAAAUGUAUUCAUACUACUCACCUUCAUAUGUAAAGAAUGUACUUCUACGUAGGGCACAAACUCCCUAGGGGGUCACCAUAUUACCCUUGAUCGCUUCGUGCUCAUAUCACGUGACCCCCCCCACCGCCCGUCCACCUGGAACUCUUUGUAGGGUGUCAAUUUAGCCAGUGCCGGCCCUUUGUACAGUAUAUGUGAUGGUGUGAAAUGUUGUGUACAUUUAGGAGUGUACAGGUAUGCUCUGAUUGUGUACUUGUGUUUCCAUGGUUAGUGUUUUCUCUAUGAGAUCAAUGUUUUUUUUUUUUAUUCCAGAUCCAGAUUUAUUCUCACUGUUGGAGACUAUCCACACAACAUUUCUUAACAGCACCAGUCUGUUCUUAUAGACCAAGACUUUAAUGUCACCUAAGGCCAAAAGGUAGAUGUUAAUGCAUGCUUCAUCUGCUGUUGGGGCCGUUAAACUUGCAAGAAUGACAUUUUAUUUUAGGUGUUGCUAAAAUAACAGUGUUUCCUUGCCUUGAUUCCAAUCUCUAGGGUGUGAGACUGAUAUUUUUCUCACUCUAAUCUGGACCACUUUUGAGGUUUCUUUCUUUUUGAAUGUUGUAUCUGUGCUGUUUUCAACAAAAAUGGAAAUGCACACUUCAGCCUUAUCGAAUGACACGCUGCUCACUUUGAGUGACAUGGAACUUUAGGGAAGGCGUGAUUUGAGAUUGGACAGAAUGUAUGACAUCAUAAAAGAUUAUAAUUAUGUAAAUAGAUAGCUUAUCUGCAUUGUAGCUGUGCCUGAAAACACUCACCGGGACUGUUCCCUAUUUAAAAAGUACGCUGUAUAGAGAUUGCAAGCCACAAUAAGAAACUUUUUUUUAUUUUAUAUUUAUGUUUUGUUUAAUUGCCAUCACUCACAAAAAAGUAUAAAAGUACCAUGGUAUUACCAUUUCAUUUUGACAUGGUACCAUGGUAACACCAUGUUCUUCAAAAAUGUGGAAGUACCAUGUAUAUAGCCAUAGUUCAUGUGGUAUGUAUCAUGUUAUCCAUAGAUCAGUUGGGUAUAUAUCAAGAUAAGUUUUACCAUCUGAUGUCAUCACAGUACCAUGUUAUUAAAAUGUUAAUGUUGUUUUUUGUUUUGAGAUGACCAAAUUUGUACAGUGCUGCUAAUACAAUGGUAUAUGAAUAUGAUAACAUUUCAGUACUAUGGUAUUAUCAUAGGUUUUUGGGCAUGUACCAUGGUAAACCCAUGGUAUUAUUUGUAGUACACUAAAAAACCAUAUACAAAUAUGGAAACCAUUUAGUUAGGUUUUUAAAUAUCCCAUAAUAAUACCGUAUUUUUCUGGACACGUGCCACUGUAAAACCAUGGUAUAUAAAUAUGGAAAUCUUACAUGGCCAUUAUAUAAUUCAAAGUACCAUUGUAUUACCAUCCAACACUAUCAUUGUAUGGUGCACUUCAUUGCUGAUUUGCAAUGGUUUAUAGUGCAUUGUAGGUGAUGUUUUUUACCAUAUAAAAUUGUUCA